AUGCUUAUUGAACCUUUUGGCUCAGACACAUCCAAGGUGCUGGAGGCCCCCGAAACACCAGCUCCCGUCUUUGCGAUUCACGCCUUCAAAAGCGCACUCUUUGGCACGCCUGGUGCAGAGGAGGAACAUGAAACAGGGCCUACAUCAAUGGCCGCAUCGCAACCGAAGCCCGGCCACCAACGCAGUAGAAGCGACACUGUGAACCCUAUCCCGAUCGAUUCGAAGGAAGACGCGAAAUUGGAGUUGGAUUUGACCAUCAACCCCUCAGGCUCCCCGACUAAGAGCAUCCUCGUCACUCCCGGCACAAUCUCAAAUCGGCGCAAGACCGUGUCCUUUGGAGAAGGCGUAGUUGACAACGAGGGAAAACGCGAUAGCCAGUCCAGCAGGGCCGUGAAGACGCCCCCGAAUCCUUCGGGCAGCCUCAGCGCCCAGUGGAUGUCGGGCUCGGCUGAUGGCAAGCCACGAAGCAAACUUACACAGACUCUAAUGGAUGCGCGUGAUAACGCGUCAAAGAAUGCUGAGUCGGCCAAGAGCAACUCGGAAACCUCUGACUCGAAGUCCCCUACCAAGCGCCUUCAGCUGAAAGAGGAAACAAGUAUGGAGGACAUCACCACCAACCUGGAGGAACCGCGUUCGGAGUCGGGCAAGUACUGGAAAACAGAGUUCGACAAUUAUCGCGUCCGCACCAACCGUGAGAUCAAGAAACUCAUCCAUUACCGGUCCAUCGCCAAGUCAUACGCUCGCAAGAAGGACUCAGAGGCUCUACGACUCGCGGAUAAGCUCAAGGAGGAGGAAGAGAAGGUCGUUGAAAUGGAGCGACAGGUGACACGACUGGCCUCUACAAUUGCCGGUGAAGGAUCAAAAGCAAAUAAGGAGCAAUUAAUCCAAGACCUGGCAAAGCAGACUACGAUGGCUCUGCAAUAUAAGCAAGAAGUUACAUCCCUUCGCAACCUCCUUAAUGAAGAUCCAGGCGUUAUCGAAGGAGGAAAGUCCAACGACAUCACCAAAGAACGACAAUUCGAUGAAAAAUCCACCAAUUCUUCGGAAGAGCUGCGUCAAACUCAGGAAGAACUUAAACGAGCUAAUGCAAAGAUUGAGGAAAUGAAGCACCAGCACCUAGACCUCGGCAAGCUCGAGAGCCUUGCCCAAAGCUCUGAAAAGAAGGCGCAGGAGCUCGAGAAGGAAAACCACACGCUCAAACAGACUCUGGCAAGAGUGAAGCAAGAAAUGUCCCGAUAUGAAGGCCGGCGCAAAGAGAAGGAAACGAGACUCAAGCAAAGAGAGGCCAAGCUUGAAGCACGUGUCCAGGAGUACCGUGAGCGCCUUAAGAAGCUAACACAAGAACACCGAGACUCAGAAGAGACGGUGCGAAAUAAUUUCAAUGAAGAGCGUCGACGCAUGCAGAGUCAAAUUGAGCUCCUGAAAACGAGGGUCUCCGCUGCAGAAUGUAGCGUUCCUACUCUCCGACCCCAACAACGAAAUUCUCUCAGUCCCCGCAAGGAGUAUACAGGCGUGCAGGUGCACGACUUUGCCGCACAGGACCAUCCCGAGAUAGACGAAGAAGUCACUGAGGAAAUUGAGACACCGCCAAGUCCAAGUCCUCGCUCCAAAUCUCGCGAACUGCGGCCAGCCCUGCAUGGCUCGGCCACCACAUUAGAGCUGAAACGGGCUUCGCGGGAUAUUCCGGCUGACGACGAUGAGGUCACUCAUUAUCUGAAUGAGAUACUGCCACAGCAUGGCAGUCAUCGCUUUAAUCUGGACCCUGUGCCGCCUUCUUCGCCUCCAGAACUCUCUGCCCUAAAAUCACUCGGGCGUAACACUACAAAGUACUUGAACACGGGCGAAAAUCGUACAUACCGGUCCCUCUAUCGACGUGACCGUGGCACUGUUGAAGGAUACAGCCAUGGCACCCACCGUCCCCGAGCGCACAUCAAAUCUACUCUUGACUCAAUAUCUGCGCGUCCGAGCUCGCGACCGGGUGUAUACGCUGGCUACACCAUUGCUGGUGGGGAGCGAACUACUCGGCGGACCGCACUUCCAGAUGUGAAUAAAGAAUUUCCGAAUCGCGAGCUUCUGUCUCCAGAGCGGCUUGCCGCGGCCCAGUCGCGAAUUCUCCAGAGGCAAAAUAGCCAGAAAAUGAAAGCGCUGGGCAAGGAGAAUCGUCGAACAAUAGCUUCCUUGGGUGCAGACAGAGAUUGA